AUGGACGCGUACGACAUCCUGAGAUCCGAGAGGGAAGAGUUCGAGAGUGAGGCUGCUGAAAAAGCCUUUGCCGACAGGAUCAGUGGCAAGCCCCGAGCUUUGAUUUCUGUGGCGGGAUACAACCCUAAUCUGCCUGAGGAUGAUAUCAAGAAGGAACUGAUUGAACUCUUCAGUUCAUGUGGCGACGUUACAAGGGUUAAUAUUGUUCCCAAAGACCCUGAUCAUAACCCUAAUCUCGACAGACAUGCUUUAGUUAUUCUUUUCGGAGAUGGGGCAGAAGAGAAGGCCUUGCAACUUAAUGGGACUGACGUUGGAGGAUGGAAUGCUCUUGUUAAGGUUGAAUCGGAUGAAGAAGAUGAGGAGGCAGCACGCUAUAGAUCCUCUCUGAUUAACGAACUAAUGAAUGACCCAAAAUUUUGGUAUGGCGUUUCGGUUAGGGGAUAUGACACUGACCUUCCUGUAGACGAAGUCGAGACGGUUUUGAAAGGACUUUUCUCUUUUUGUGGGGAGAUAACUCAUUUUUUUUGUCGAUACUCUCGACAAGCUGGUUAA